AUGGCGGGAAAGGUGGCUUUGUUUGUCUUACUAACCAUGGCAAUUUUCUUUUUUGCCUCCUGUGAGAAAAAUGAUGAUAAUGAUGCUGAUCCUGCUAAGACUAAUUCUGAGACUAAUACUGAGUCUGAUUCCAAGUCUGAGCCUAAAUCUAAGUCUAAGUCUAAAUCUAAGUCUAAGUCUAAGUCUAAGGACACUCCAGCAGAAUGUGUAGCAAAAUGCAAGGCAAAGGGCCAGACGCAGGGUACCGAAAUAUGUACACAUGGUGGAAAGGAUCUUCAUGAAAAGAUGACUAAAUGGACAAUGGUUUGCCGCAACAGGAAGUGUAAAGAAAAAAUACCUAUGGCAAUUUCCUCUUUUGUCUCCUGUAAGAAAAAAGAUGCUUUUGAUGACGAUGAUCCUGAUGAUUCUAACUCUGAGCCUAAGUCUAAUUCUGAGUCUAACACUCAGUCUGAAUCUAACCCUGAGUCUAAGUCUGAUUCUAAGACUGAGUCUAAGUCUAAGUCUAAGUAUAAAUCAAACUCUGCGUCUGAGGGCGCUCCAGAAGAUUGUAUAGGAAAAUGCACUACAAAGGGCAAGGAAAAAGGUACAGAUGAAUGUGCAACUAAUGGAGAUGAUCAUGCACUUAUGAGUAAAUGGACAAUGUUUGGAAAGCAGCGAAGAGCGCGGGUGAUUGUAAGACCUCCUCAUAAGAAUAAAUAUGGAAAAAAUGGUAAUGUACUGAAUCAGAAGGUGCUGGACAAAACUAAUGAAAAAGCUCGUUAA